AUGGUGGAGCCUUGUGUUUUUGCCGAUCAGACUAACCGUCCUAUUGUAGCGCGUAAGUCGUUACCUUCCUUAGUUUCUCAGCCACUUGCUGGGAAGAACUUACAUGCCGAUGUUACUUUAAAGGGAGUUGAUGCUGUACAACAUAGUUUGAAGCAUGAUUUGAGUGAGCGUUCUGCGUAUGUGCCUGAAUACAGUACAGAAAUCGCCGAUUAUCUCCUAGCAGCUGAAAGGGGCCAUUGUCGUGACCCAUCUUACAUGGCAAAUCAACCCGAGAUAACUGAAAAAAUGAGGAUGAUUCUUGUGGAUUGGCUUGUUGACGUGACCAUAAAAUUUAAGCUUCAUCCUGAGUCAUUCUACCUGGCCAUUGACAUUGUGGAUCGAUAUUUAUGUGCCAAAAAGGUAAGCCGACGAAAGCUUCAGUUGGUCGGCAUCACUUCUAUUCUCAUUGCGGCAAAACAUGAAGAAAUAUGGCCUCCAGGGAUAAAAGAUUGCGUAUUUAUUUGUGCAAAUACGUAUUCAGCAGGUGAGGUUUUUGGGAUGGAGCGUGAUAUUGCCGCCACACUGCGUUUUCAAUUUACUGUUCCGACGGCGUACCCGCUGGCUUGUCACUUUCUGGACUCAGGAGAUAAUGAGUCGAUGGUGCGUGAUGCAACCUUUUUCUUUUUGGAGUCAGCCUCUCACAGCUAUGAGCUGCUACAGUAUUUGCCUUCCCGUGUUGCAGCUGCCUCGGUUGUACUUGGUCGCUUACUCGUGGCGUGGAAUCGUUGUGUGGAUAGUGUAGACAUUUUACCAGAAAAGCUAUGGGAUUGCGAGAUGAUUCACGUUAGUCGGGGAAUCACACUAGACGAAAUUUUUUUUCUGACAGAGAGGCUUUUGAGUUUCACAAAAACCUUGUCCUCUCCUUCUUCAAAACUGCAAGCCAUUCGUCGAAAGUAUGUUUCACAAAAAUUCACCAGUGUGGCUUCAUUAGAGAUGCCUUUACUUUCAACGGGCCUUUCAUCUUAG